AUUCUUUAAAAAAUUAAUACCUGGUCAGCAAGAAACCACUAUAAAAGUUUGAUUUUUCUGAGGUGUUCUUCACAAACCACCAGCCAUGAGAGCGGUUGUGCUUGCCCUAACUGUAGCCCUUGUGGCAAGUCAACAGCAACAGAUCAACCUUGUCCCCGAGUUUUCCCCUGAUAAGACCUAUGUGUACAAGUAUGAGGCUCUACUCUUGGGCGGUCUCCCUCAAGAAGGUCUGGCUAGAGCAGGUUUAAAAGUGAACAGCAAGGUUCACCUCAGUGCCGUCAAUGAGAACACCUUUCUGAUGAAGCUCAUGGACCCUCUAAUCUACGAGUAUGCUGGUAUUUGGCCCAAGGAUCCAUUUGUUCCUGCCACUAAGCUCACCUCAGCACUGGCUGCUCAGCUUCAGAUUCCCAUCAAGUUUGAGUAUGCCAAUGGUGUGGUUGGAAAGGUAUUUGCCCCUGCAGGAGUCUCCCCUACUGUAUUGAACUUAUACAGAGGUAUCCUCAACAUCCUUCAGCUCAACCUCAAGAAGACCCAGAACAUCUAUGAGCUGCAAGAGGCUGGAGCUCAGGGAGUGUGCAGGACCCACUAUGUCAUCAGUGAGGAUCCAAAAGCCAACCACAUUACCGUAACCAAGUCUAAGGAUCUGAGCCACUGCCAAGAGAGAAUCAUGAAAGACGUUGGCUUGGCAUACACUGAGAGGUGUGCUGAAUGCACAGAGAGGGUCAAGAGUCUGAUUGAAACUGCAACUUACAAUUACAUCAUGAAACCGACGUCCGCUGGUGUACUGAUCACUGAAGCAACAGUUGAGGAAGUCCAUCAGUUUUCACCCUUCAAUGAGAUCCAUGGUGCUGCCCAGAUGGAAGCAAAACAAACCUUGGCUUUUGUUGAGAUUGAGAAGACCCCUGUUAUUCCAAUCAAAGCUGAUUACUUGGCUCGUGGAUCCCUGCAAUAUGAGUUUGCAACUGAGAUUCUUCAGACCCCCAUUCAUCUAAUGAAGAUCAGUGAUGCACCAGCCCAGAUUAUCGAGGUCCUUAAGCACCUUGUUGCAAACAAUGUGGCCAUGGUCCAUGAAGACGCUCCACUCAAGUUUGUUCAGCUCAUCCAGCUCCUGCGUGUUUCCACCCUGGAGAACAUUGAGGCUAUCUGGGCUCAGUUUAAGAAUGAACCAGUUUACAGGCGCUGGCUCCUGGAUGCUCUUCCUUCUGUUGGCACACCAGUCAUUGUAAAAUUCAUCAAGGAGAAGUUCCUGGCUGGUGAACUUACCCUUCCAGAGUUCAUUCAGGCUCUUGUGGUUGCUCUGCAAAUGGUCACUGCUGAUCUGGAAACAAUGCAGUUGGCAGCCAGUUUGGCUAUGCACGAGAAAAUCGCCAAAAUCCCAGCUCUGCGUGAAGUUGUAAUGCUUGGAUAUGGUUCCAUGAUUGCCAGGCACUGUGUUGCAGUUCCCACUUGCUCUGCUGAGCUCCUCAGGGUAAACAAUUCAAGCCCUAAAUAUCUGAUAUAUAUAUCUUGCUGUUUUCUAAUUGUACUGUAUGUGUAUCACAUUCCACAGCCCAUUCAUGAGAUUGCUGCAGAGGCAACUUCUAAGAAUAACAUUCCUGAAAUCAGUUUGGCUCUUAAAGUUCUGGGCAAUGCUGGUCACCCUGCUAGUCUUAAACCCAUCAUGAAGCUCCUGCCUGGACUGAGAACUGCAGCUACAUCUCUGCCCCUUAGAGUCCAAGUUGAUGCCAUCUUGGCCCUACGGAACAUUGCCAAGAAAGAACCCAAACUGGUUCAGCCAGUGGCCCUGCAGCUUGUAUUGGAUAGAGCUCUCCACCCAGAGGUGCGCAUGGUUGCUUGUAUUGUGUUGUUUGAGUCCAAGCCAUCAGUGGCUCUCGUCUCCAGUCUUGCUGGUGCUUUGAAGACAGAAACCAACAUGCAUGUUGUGAGCUUUGCUUAUUCCCACAUCAAGUCCUUGACCAGAAUCACUGCUCCCGAUAUGGCAGCUGUUGCUGGUGCAGCUAAUGUUGCCAUCAAGCUCAUGAGCCGCAAGCUAGACAGACUUAGCUUCCGUUUCAGCAGAGCCCUUCAGCUGGACUACUAUCAUACUCCUCUUAUGAUUGGAGCUGCUGGCAGUGCCUACAUGAUCAAUGAUGCUGCCACCAUCCUGCCCAGAGCGGUUGUAGCUAAAGCACGUGCUUAUCUGGCUGGAGCUGCUGCUGAUGUUUUUGAGAUUGGUGUGAGAACUGAAGGAAUCCAGGAGGCUCUUCUGAAAUCUCCUGCUGCAGAUGAAAGUGUUGACCGUAUCACAAAGAUUAAGCGCACCCUGAGAGCACUAACAAACUGGAAGGACUUACCAAACGAUCAGCCAUUGGCUUCAGCCUACAUCAAAUUAUUUGGACAAGAAGUGGCUUUUGUGAAGAUUGACAAGACCAUCAUUGAAGAAGCUAUACCGAUUGUGACUGGACCCAAACCACGUGAACUGUUGAAGGCGGCCCUUAAAGCUUUGCAGGAAGGAAUUGCCUGGCAGUAUGCCAAACCCCUGCUUGCAGCAGAAGUGCGUCGUAUCUUGCCAACAGCAGUUGGUGUGCCCAUGGAGCUCAGUUUGUACACUGCUGCUGUUGCUGCUGCAAGUGUCAAUGUUAAGGCCACCAUUACACCUCCUCUUCCUGAGGAGAUUGAGACUAUGACUCUUGAGCAGCUGAAGAAAACUGAUGUUCAACUCCAAGCUGAAGCUAGACCAAGUAUUGCUCUCCAGACCUUUGCUGUGAUGGGAGUGAACACUGCCUUGAUCCAAGCUGCUGUUAUGGCGAGAGGAAAGAUCCGUACAAUAGCUCCUGGAAAAGUGGCUGCAAGAGCAGACAUUCUCAAGGGCAACUACAAGGUGGAGGCUCUGCCUGUUGAGGUCCCUGAACAUAUUGCUACUUUGAGCUUUGAGACACAUGCUGUGGUCAGAAAUAUUGAAGAUCCUAGUGCUGAAAGGAUUGUGCCCUUUGCACCUGAGUUGUCCCAGCAAAACCCCCAAAAUUCUUAUGCUGGUGAUUUGUCAUCUGAGAAUUCAGAUGAGGUUCCUGUGAGAGCUCCUGCUCCAUUUGACAAGACUCUCUGUCUUGCUGUCCCAUACAUUGAAAUCAAGGGAUGCGUUGAGGUGCACUCUCAUAAUGCUGCUUUUAUCAGAAAUGAACCUCUGUACUACAUAAUUGGACACCACUCAGCCCGUGUUACAGUGUCAAGAGCGGAAGGUCCUGCUGUUGAAAGACUGGAGCUUGAAGUCCAAGUUGGUCCUAGAGCUGCUGAGAGGCUCCUUAAACAAAUCAGUCUCAUUGAUGAGGAGACUCCAGAAGGAAAGGCUUUCCUGUUGAAACUGAAGGAAAUCUUGGAGACUGAAGAUAAAAACAGGUCAGUCUCUUCUGAAAGCAGAAGCAGCAGCAGCCACAGCAGCCGCAACAGCCGCAGCAGUAGAAGCAGCAGCAGCAGCAGCAGCAGCAGCAGUUCAAGCUCCUCCAUAUCCAGCUCUCGUGUGACCAAGAAUGCCACCAUCAUGGAGCCUUUCAGGAAAUUCCACAAAGAUCAGUAUUUGGCACCCCAUGGUACCUCAAAGAAAGUUAGCAGUGGAAGUUCCGCAUCAAGCUUUGAGCGUAUUCAGAAACAGACCAAGUUCCUCGGAAAUGCAGUUCCACCUGUUUUUGCUGUCAUUGCCCGUGCUGUGAGAGUUGACCACAAACUGCUGGGCUACCAACUUGCUGCUUACUUUGACAAACCAACUGCAAGAGUGCAAAUUGUUGUUUCUUCCAUCGCUGAAAAUGACAAUCUGAAGAUCUGUGUGGAUGGUGCUCUGCUGAGCAAGCACAAAGUGACUGCCAAGCUUGCUUGGGGUCCAGAGUGCCAGCAGUAUGCAGUCACUGCUAAAGCUGAGGCUGGUGUACUGGGUGAAUUCCCUGCUGCACGUUUAGAGCUGGAAUGGGAGAGGCUGCCGAUUACUGUCACCGCCUAUGCUAAAAAAAUGUCCAAACACAUCCUUAUGGCGGCUUUCCAGGCAGGAUUCAGACUUGAAAGAGUAAUGAACAGUGAGAAAGAGAUUGAACUUACUGCAGCCUUGCCAAAUCAGAGGUCCUUGAAUGUCAUUGCCAGGAUUCCAGAGAUGACAGUGUCAAGAAUGGCUAUUCCUCUGCCAUUCUCUGUUCCCAUCAAUCCAGAUGGAUCUCUUUCCAUUCAUAUUGAUGAGGACAUUCUCUCCUGGAUCCAGAAACAUAUCAAGGAAGAAUAAGACAUAAAAAUAACAUUUGACAUUUUUCAGAAGAAAAUGUUGAGCUCUGUUAAUAUAUAUUUGAUUGUUCCUCGACAGUUUAAUUGAAAGCAUUACCGCUGUUGUCAUGUACAGUAUGUAUUGUAAUACAGUCUAAUGGUAAUAAAUAGCUUGCAAGUGAAA